UGCAGCGGUGAGCUUUGAGCUAGCGACUCUCUGAGCUCUCUGGCUGUGUGUGUGCGUCUUUAGGCUGCUGUGGUGCAGACUGUAGCCUAGCCACGUUAGCCUCCCUCCCGCACUUCAGCAGCUGUCAGCCGGCAGCUCCAGCGCGCUUCAGCUGCAGUUAGGCUCUACAGUCUUUAAGUAUCUCUGGUUGCAGCUGAGGAUUUUCUCUUCCCUGAAAGGAUACUCUCUGACACUCUGACAAAGCAGAGAGAGGAAGAGGGGGACAGAGAGUAAGAGGAAGACAGGAGGAGGGAGCACGACAGCAGGCCAGCAGUGACCUUCGAGGUGUGGUGGCCAAGCAGCAGCGGAGGAGGAGGAACCGGGAACGGGUGUAAGAUCCAUCAGGCUUUAACCUGAGUCAGGCCAAACAGCAAUGACAGCAAUCACCACUUCCAUACAAGGUGCAUUUUCCUUCUUUGAGGAGAAGUGAUAUGGAAACCAGGUGUGGUGGCGUUCAGCUCUCUGUGGGUGUGUGUGGGAUGUUGUGUCAGGGCUAAAGCCCAUCCCUCUCCCAUGAGCCUGUGGGCCUCCACACACACACCCGGCGCCCACUCACACACAGCCGGCACUGACGCUGUGAACUGGACCCUCUGAGCCCAACGGAUCCCAGCGGAGCGGUGUCUAGCCCAGUUGGAGCCUGAGGAUGUCAACAGAGACAGAGCUACAGCCAGCGGUCAGGCCCAGCAGUGUCAGACGGGACUCCAAAAGGAAAGGGCAGGAUCGCAGUGAGGCGGCUCUCAUCAGACGUUUUAAGGGCGAUGGCGUCCGCUACAAGGCCAAGCUCAUCGGCCUGGACGAAGUCACGGCGGCCCGUGGAGACAAACUCUGCCAGGACUCCAUGAUGAAGCUCAAGGGUAUAGCUGCUGCAGCACGGUCCAAAGGAGAUCACAAACAGAAGGUGUUUCUGACUGUUUCCUUUGGAGGGAUCAAGAUCUUUGAUGAGAAGUCAGGGGUCCUCCAUCACCACCAUGCGGUCCACGAGAUCUCCUACAUUGCCAAGGACAUCACGGACCACCGAGCCUUCGGCUACGUCUGCGGGAAGGAAGGGAACCACCGCUUCAUGGCCAUCAAGACGGCACAGUCGGCUGAGCCUGUGAUUCUGGACCUGCGGGACUUGUUCCAGCUCAUCUAUGAGAUAAAGCAGAGAGAAGAGAUGGAGAAGAAGGCCCAGAAAGACAAGCAGUGUGAACAGGCCGUCUACCAGACGAUACUGGAGGAGGAUCUGGAGGACCCGGUGUACCAGUACAUUGUGUUUGAGGCGGGACACGAGCCCAUCCGUGACCAAUCGGAAGAGGGCAUUUAUCAGGUUCCCACCAGUCAGCAGAAGGAAGGGGUCUAUGACGUCCCAAAGCGACACCCAAACGGACAUCAAAACACCCCCCACCACCACCAUCAUCAGCACCAUCAUGUCCAUGAUCAGCCCCUCCAACAAGAACAAACUGAGCAGCAGCAGCAGCAGCAGCAGGCAGUGGCAGAUCUGAUAGACUUAGACCUGGGGAUAUUGACUCAGAAUAUCAACCAGUUAGAGAUUUUCGGAGACAUGUCCACACCUCCUGACAUCACCUCUCCGUCGACUCCCGCCUCUCCAGCCAACACCCUUGACCGUUCGCUGGGUCUGCAGCCUCCCACGGAACUGUUUGCUCCCUUCAAUCCUGCGUCUGUGCCCUCAGGUUAUGUGACGAUGGGAGCGGUACCCCCCGGCCACUGGUCCCAGCAGGCAUUCGCUGCCCAGACGCCGCUGGCCUUCGGGGUCCAGUCUCCGCUAGGCCCAAUGGCCCAGGUCCUGCCAGGCGGCCAGCCUCUUAUCUGGGGCCAGGCCAAUAUCUUCCCUGCCACCCAGCAGCAGUGGGCAGCCAUGGCAGCCGGAGCCUUCUCCCCUACAGCCUACCUCCCUGCCCAGCCUGUGGGCACCCUGCCCGCCGCCAUGUUCCAGACUCUCACCCCCGUCACGACUGUGACUCCAGCCGGCGAGAGCCAUUCAGGCGCUGGAGCGAGCGCUUCAGCUGCUUCCCCUUCAGCGUCGUCGAGUCCGCAGCAUGGGGAGAGGGGGAAGAAGAUUGGCAAGGAAAUGUUCAAGGACUUUCAGCUGGCGAAGCCUCCGGCCAUGCCGUCAAAGAGGGCUGAACAGCCCAGCUUAGCAGGGACCUCAGAUGCAUUCAGCAGUUACUUCAGCCGUGUGGGCACUGCCCAGGACACGGACGACUGUGACGACUUUGACAUUUCCCACAUGAAUCUGACACCAGUCACCUCCACAACACCAUCCACCAACUCGCCGCCCACCCCAGCUCCCAGGCAGAGCCCUCCCUCCAAGUCCUCCCAUGUCAGUGACCCCCCCACCGACGCCACGGACCCCCCCACAGACGACUCAUUUGGGGAAGCAGAGGGCAGCCCUAUUCGCAGUGGAGAGGAGGAUGCUGCGUGUGGUUCUGGGUCGCCCUGCCCCAGUGAAACAGCAGAUCCCAGCCCAGACCAGGCCAGUCCAGAGGCUGGGAGCUAGAUAGAGGAAGGGCAGGGUGGGGAAGGACCCUCUCUACGCCCAGAUCAACAAAGGGAAGAAAUAAAGAGACACACAGGAAGACGGACCUGACUAGCACUGAGAGAAAAGGAGGAGAUAUGUGUGUGUGGGUGUGUGUGUAUGUAUGUGUGUGCGUGUGUGAGUGAGUGUGAGUGUGAGUGUGAGUGUGUGUCCUUCUUCUCCUCUGGCUAUCAACCUCCCAGGAGGAGCCUCCACACUCCUCCUGUCCCCCUUCUCAUCCUCCUCCUCUGUGCAGUCCUCUCUCCUCCUGAGAGGAAGGAGCCCUCUUCGUCAGUCACUCCAAGCAGGAGGGAUGUCAAUCAAUCCACCUCUCCCUCCACGCUGUGUUGUCUUCUCCUCUUCUCUCCUCCUCCUCCCUGGGGCGAGUCACACCCAGCCUUACAGACAUAACCUGAUCCUCCCUUCUCUCUCUCUCUCUCUUCCCCACCUCUUCCUCUCUGUCUUCACCCUCACACUCCUCCCUCUGCCUCCUGUGUCUGGCCAGAGUCUGUGCUGCCAAGGAGGGACUGAAUCAAGCAGUGCCUCUCUAUCUCCGACACCCACCCACACACGCACGCUCAUUGGGAUAAGAGUGAUAAACUUUCCUCUCCAGUCUCCAUCUGUAGCAAGGACAUCCCACAGGAGGAGCCAGACUCUUAACGGGCCUAUCAGGGACGGCCCGUUCCUGGGAUCACUGCUUCUGAUUGGUUGGUUGUGGGCUGGUUCGGGCGUAUUCUCCCCAUUUUUGUGAGUUCCUGCUUGAUCUCUAUGCAGAAACGGACUCUCUGAGAGCGACUCACACGCCAAUACACACAUACAGCUCACACAGCAAUCCGCCUACAACACACAAACAACACACACACACACACACACAGUCAUCCCUCACUCUCUAACAUGCAUACACGCAGUGAUUUGCCAAACGUCUCACCUCGCAGACAGACUCGUUCAGAAGCCAGAGGACCAGACAAACUGAGGAAGGGACCCUGAGAGGAAAAGUGUCAAAUGGAUUCUGUGAUCGAACUGUUCAUUCUCUAUAGCUUUUGUACAAUACUGAUUUAAAAAAACUGAAAAAAGAACUAAUUGAAAAAUUGAAUUUUUAUUUUAUAAGUCAAUCAAGCCGCUGGAGUCAGCUCUAUAGGAGUUGUAGAGUCAACUUGGCUUUAAGGCAUCUGAUCGUUGGUUUGCCAAAACUCAUUUUGUAAAUAAUGAUAACAACAACAACAACAACAACAACCAUUUUGUCCACCGGACGUCUGUGCCAUAAAAUAGGAAGGCUUCAGUUAUGCAAUCUCUUGACGUUAACCCAAGCAAUACCAACAUAUGUUUUACUUUUCCUGUUCUCCCCACUUUGUUUUGAUUCCCCCUCAAAUACUGUUUCUGUUCUCGUGCAUGGAUGUCGUAGGUCUUUCUCUUAGCCUCACUUACUAAUCCACCUCUAAACCUUGUACCCGUUUGUCUCAAGUCCCACGGCCACAAGUUAUUGUUGUGUCUCUAUGGUUUAUGUGACCCGAACACGAUGUACCACAAUCCUAUGUUGCAGGCAGCAGACAUGGUCUCGCUCACUGCAGCCCACACUGCUCCUGCCCGCCAUCCCUUUCCCCCGGAACAGUCUUUACACAGCCAUGCUCUGCCCAUCUGUCUGUCCGGUGUUCAGGUGCCAAAACCGCUGCUGUCCGAGCAUCUGUGUGUGUGUGUGGGCUGCAGCGUCCUCUGCUACAGCUACAUCGACUAUGAUGCCAAUGACUCCCUAUUUUAUGGCCAGAGUCCCCAUGUCACUGGAGAACUCUUUUUGGACUAUGACGUUGAUUAACUUAAAAAUGUGACAACUAGAAGACAAAGCGAAGACGCUGAAUAAAAAGGGAAACGUUGCUGUUUGAGUACAUAACAUUUCUAGACCUAUUUUAACUUUACCUCAGCUAACAGUUUCUUAAUGUAAAUUGACACAUUAUUUUUAUCUUUAUGAAUAUGACAUUCUACAGUGAGUUUUUAGAUGAUUUUUUGGUUCUCUCUUGAUUUACGUAUUCCACCAUGUAUUACUGUUACAAAUAAACACAUCCCAAAUGA